AUGCUGGUGACGGUCCGCGAGCCCAAACCGCAGCAUCUCUUGGUGGAUUGCGGAAAGACGUUCGAAGAAGCUGUUCGCAGGCACUUCCGGAAGCUGGGGGUGAAAGGAGUCAACGCGGUCCUCUUGACGCAUGGCCAUGCCGAUGCGAUCUUGGGACUGGAUAGCUUGCGCGAGGUCCAACUGGCGCGGGAACCUCCAGACCAAUGGGUCUUGAAGGCCAAAACGCCCAUCAUCGCCUCCAGCGACACGGUGAAAGAGGUAUGGAGCCAUUUUCAUUAUAUGUUGCCGGAGGGCAGUGGUUCUCCAUCCCUGCGCCGGCGUUCCAGUCUUGCCAGGAUCGUCACUGGCUUGGCACCACAUCGCGUGAAGGACUUCCAGAAGUUUCUGGCGCUGCCAGGAUUGCAAGUGCAAUGUCUCCCCGUCUUGCACGGGGGUACCUAUGUGUGCUUGGGCUUCCGCUUUGGCGCCAAGGGUGAAUUUGUAUAUCUCUCAGACGUCAGCAAAGUUCCUGACGACACCAUGAAGAUCCUCAAAUCCACCCGUGCAGAGGUCUUGGUGGUGGAUGCCCUGCUCAAAACAGGACCCAACUAUUCGCACUUUGGUCUCCCACAAGCCUUAGAUUUGAUCCGAGAGCUGCGCCCCCAACGGGCCUAUCUCAUCGGCAUGUCUUGUCAAUUUGAUCACUUUCACGACAAUCAGCAGCUUUUUAAACUUCAAUCUGAAGGUCUCCAUGUGGAAUUGAGCCCCUCAGAGCAGUGA